CACGCGACAGGCUCCGUACCUAAGCUCGGGUUUGUCUCCUAGGCGGAAGCCGGACCAGAGAGCGUGCGUGUUUUUCCCAAGGUGCCCCGCGCUGCUGUUAUGGCCGCCUCAUUGUGGUGGUAUCCGCACAUGGAGUUCUAGGGCCGCGGGUGUAUUUACUGUAACUGUCCCCACUAGAUUUCAGCGUCUUUGGACUCUCCACUUUUCACUUUCUUUUGUUGACUCCAGUGUGGCCCUCGUGGGAGCCUAUUUUGGCUGCAGCUGUGUCUGGGGUGAUGUGGACCCCGGAGCUGGCAAUUCUGAGGGGAUUCCCCACUGAGGCAGAGCGGCAGCAAUGGAAACAGGAGGGGUUCGUCGGUUCAGAGAGUGGAUCUUUCCUACAAUUGCUGCUGGAAGGGAACUAUGAAGCCAUAUUCUUAAAUUCAGUGACUCAAAAUAUUUUUAAUUCAGCAACAACCGCUGAAGAAAAGAUUGAUAGCUACCUGGAGAAGCGGGUAGUAACGUUCCUGGAUUACUCAACAGAUUUGGACACAAUGGAAAGACAGCAGUUGAUAUUUCUACUUGGUGUGAGCAGUUUGCAACUUUUUGUUCAGAGCAACUGGACGGGGCCUCCUGUUGACUUACACCCUCAGGAUUUUUUGUCAUCUGUUUUGUUCCAGCAAUUCAGUGAGUCCUUUUUUCAGGUUAAAGGACUGGAUGCAUUUGUUCUGAGCCUGCUUGCUCUAGAUGGUGAAUCAGUCUACAGCCUGACCUCGAAGCCCAUACUGCUGUUAUUAGCACGCAUUAUCCUAGUGAAUGUAAGACAUAAACUGACAGCUAUUCAGAGCUUGCCAUGGUGGACUUUGAGAUGUGUGAAUAUUCAUCAGCAUUUGCUUGAGGAACGCUCACCUCUGCUUUUUACUCUUGCUGAAAACUGUAUUGAUCAAGUGAUGAAACUACAGAAUCUGUUUGUAGAUGAUUCAGGUCGAUAUUUGGCUAUUCAAUUCCAUCUGGAAUGUGCAUAUGUGUUUUUAUAUUAUUAUGAGUACAGAAAAGCAAAAGAUCAGUUGAAUAUUGCUAAGGACAUCAGCCAAUUACAAAUUGAUUUGACAGGUGCUUUGGGGAAAAGAACACGGUUCCAGGAAAAUUAUGUGGCACAACUGAUUCUAGAUGUAAGAAGGGAAGGGGAUGUCCUUUCAAAUUGUGAAUUCACUCCAGCACCCACUCCUCAGGAACAUUUAGCCAAGAAUCUUGAGCUCAAUGAUGACACCAUUCUGAAUGACAUAAAGUUAGCAGAUUGUGAACAGUUUCAGAUGCCCGAUCUGUGUGCUGAAGAGCUCGCUAUUAUCCUUGGAAUCUGCAUGAAUUUUCAAAAGAAUAACCCAGUGCAUAAAUUAACUGAAGAGGAGCUUCUGGCAUUUACAUCAUGUUUGCUUUCACAACCAAAGUUCUGGGCCAUUCAGACAUCGGCCUUGAUCCUCCGGACAAAACUUGAGAGAGGAAGUACACGCCGAGUGGAACGGGCAAUGAGGCAGACACAGGCUCUUGCAGACCAAUUUGAAGAUAAAACUACAUCUGUAUUGGAACGCCUAAAGAUUUUCUAUUGCUGUCAAGUACCACCUCACUGGGCCAUUCAGCGCCAACUUGCAAGUUUGCUCUUUGAGUUGGGAUGUACCAGUUCAGCCCUUCAGAUAUUUGAAAAGCUAGAAAUGUGGGAAGAUGUUGUCAUUUGUUAUGAAAGAGCCGGGCAGCACGGAAAGGCAGAAAAAAUCCUUAGACAAGAGUUGGAGAAAAAAGAAACACCAAGUUUAUAUUGCUUGCUUGGAGAUGUCCUUGGAGACCAUUCUUGCUAUGACAAAGCCUGGGAGUUGUCCCGGUACCGCAGUGCUCGUGCGCAGCGCUCCAAAGCCCUCCUUCAUCUUCGGAACAAGGAGUUUCAAGAGUGUGUAGAGUGCUUCGAACGCUCGGUUAAGAUUAACCCCAUGCAGCUCGGGGUGUGGUUUUCUCUCGGCUGUGCUUAUUUGGCCUUGGAAGACUAUCAAGGUUCAGCAAAGGCAUUUCAGCGCUGUGUGACUCUAGAACCCGAUAAUGCUGAAGCUUGGAACAAUUUAUCAACUUCCUAUAUCCGAUUAAAACAAAAAGUAAAAGCUUUUAGAACUUUACAAGAAGCUCUAAAGUGUAACUAUGAACACUGGCAAAUUUGGGAAAACUACAUCCUCACCAGCACUGACGUUGGGGAAUUUUCAGAAGCCAUUAAAGCUUAUCACCGACUCUUGGACUUACGUGACAAAUACAAAGAUGUUCAGGUCCUUAAAAUUCUAGUCAGGGCAGUGAUUGAUGGGAUGACUGAUCGAAGUGGAGAUGUCACAACUAGCCUCAAAGGAAAGCUGCAGGAGUUAUUUGGCAGAGUGACUUCAAGAGUGACAAAUGAUGGAGAAAUCUGGAGGCUGUAUGCUCAAGUAUAUGGAAAUGGGCAGAGUGAAAAGCCUGAUGAAAAUGAAAAGGCAUUCCAGUGCCUCUCAAAGGCAUGCAGGUGUGACACCCAGUCCAAUUGUUGGGAGAAAGAUAUUACAUCAUUUAAGGAAGUUGUUCAAAGAGCCUUAGGACUUGCACAUGUGGCCAUAAAAUGCAGUAAAAACAAAUCCAGUCCCCAAGAAGCUGUACAAAUGCUUUCUUCAGUUCGACUCAAUUUACGGGGCUUGUUAUCUAAAGCAAAGCAACUUUUUACAGAUGUGGCCACUGGCGAAAUGUCCAGGGAAUUAGCUGAUGACAUAACAGCCAUGGACACCUUAGUGCUAGAGCUCCAAGACCUAAGCAACCAGUUUCGAAAUCAGUAUUGAUUCUGCUGGAAGCAGAUUCUGGAAAAGGUGUUUUCACCUUCUGGUAAAAGAUGCAUCUGUAUAUCUGAAAUGCAAGAUACUGAUUUUUAAAAUAAAUUUGUUUUAUGACUUAA